AAAUCAGUGAGAUUUGGUCAAGGUUGUUUGACCAUCGCCCGUUUCUCAAUGGUGAAAUAAAGUUUAUGUUAAAAGAAUUCGAGGAAAAUACAUUACAAUUUAUUUUUAAGGAAAAACGAGGAGACAGAGAAGUCGAAAACUUAUUUGUCAUACUUGAAAAUCUAACAGAUAUAAAAGAUACUCAAGCUGAAAAAAUUAUCAAGAGUUCAAGUGCAGCACUACCCGUACUAGGAGAAAAAUUAGCACAAGCAUUAAAACUUUCCGAGGAAAUUGAAAAAGAUUACCUUGAAUUGCAAAAGGUUACUAAGAAGAAGUUGUUAGAGAAUCGUGAGAAAAGACAGAAGGAAUGGGAUCAGUUUAUUGAUGACAUGAACUUUAAAUGUCAAAGAAUUGACAACACAUUUGAAGAAAAAGAAGAAGAGUUGAGGGACUUGUAUGCAGACUUGAAUCAUAAGCUCAAUAUAACAAAUAAAUAAACAAUGGAUCUAAAAGGGUCACUAGUUCAUACUUAUAUUAAGAUUUACCCAACAGAGAAACUAAUUAAGUUCUUAAAAACAAUAGCACCCUCCGAUGAGCUACCUCAUAAUAUAAAUGAAAUUGUAACAGGAAAUAAUAUUCUAUUUAAAACUUACAGUAAUGAUAAAAUAAAACCCACACAUCUAUCUAGUUCUGACAUAGACAAUUUAAAAAAGAUUAGAGAAUCUUAUCCGGAUAUUGUUUCUGAAAAAACAGUUUUAAUUGAACCAGUUACUGAAACCAAUACCAAUCUUAAAGGAAAUAAAAUAAAUCUUGAUGAAAAAGAUGAAGAAAACAAAUCAGAAAAAGAUAAACCCAGUGCAGGUUCUGAUAAGACAAACACUGAUAUAUUCCUUGUUACAGCUGAUAUUGAUUGGUUAUAUAAUCAUUUAAAUAGUAGAAGAAAUAAAAAAGAAGAUGUUCCUUACCUUCACACACUUUUAGAAGGGGCUCGCAUUGAUGUGCCAGAAAACAAAACAAUAAAGAGAAAUCCUGUCCUAGAAGCAAGAUGUGUUAAAUUAAGAGCUCAGCAAGAAGCUCGUGAAUAUAGAAAAAUGACAAAAGGUGUUGACAAUGUCAGAAUGAGAUUUCCUGAAGAUAACAUUUCAUAUCAAUUGAAACAACUUAAUCGGCAGCUCAUAGCAAUUGGACAGUUCAUUAUUUCAAUAUUUGCUGGUUUCCUUUUUGGAUUUAGAGGUGUUGAAUGGAUGGUGGGCAAUUUAGACUUUGGAUUCAGAUUAUUAUUAGGUGUCAUGUGUGCUUUAGUUAUUGCUCUUGCGGAAAUAUAUUUCCUUGCAAAGAAAUUAAACGAAGAACUUAACAUUCCUGAAACAACACAACUGGGAGGUCCCCUGAAAUUUGCUGAUCAACAGAAAUACUCUUCUGAAAACAUAAAAUCAGCACAUGAAAAACAACAUCAAGAUUAAUUUUCAUAAACAAUAAUAUUGUAUUGUAUUAUUUAUUGAAUAUUAAAUUAAUAUAACCUACUACAGUGUAAGUCACAAUAUCAUUAAGUUUUGUUAAACUAGAAUUGAAGGUUAAUAAAUA